AUGGGAGCACAACCUCCUUCAACCGUGUUACUGGGUACGGCGCGUAUUUUGGUUAGGGAUUCGCGUGGAAACGAACAAAGCGUCCGUGCACUGCUGGACAGCGGAGCCCAAAAUAGCUUUAUAACGCGACAAUGUUGUCAGCGCUUAGGCUUAGUAAUAAAUAGGUCACUUUCAUGUCCUGUAGUCAAAGGCAUCGGAGGUACUAGUAAAGCUACCCAGGGAUAUAUAAAUUUAAAAUUUUAUUCUCGGAUAGAUCGUAACGUUAACUUUGAUAUAAAUGCGCUAGUAGUAGAUAGGGUCACUGAACGGUUGCUAACCGUUUCAGUUGACACCUCGGCAAUGAUUGAAUUUAAAAAUUUGACUCUAGCGGACGACACUUACGCCGUUCCUGGAAACAUAGACAUGCUCAUUGGAGCAUCGCUUUUCCCUCAUCUUUUGCUAAAUAAAAAGGUCAGGGGCAACUCCUCGCAUACCGCGGCUUACGCACUGGAAACCGUAUUGGGCUAUGUCAUCGUUGGCUCCGCCCCCAUCAUAGAUAGUAUUUCGGCAACCUCUUAUUGUGGUAUGGCUGUCGAACCGCUCGAGUCGUUAGUUUGCAAAUUUUGGGAGAUGGAGGAGGUGAACGUCCCACCCAUAGCUAGCUCAGAUGACAGAUUAUGCGAGGAAAUUUACGUCCGCACGACCGUUCGUGAUCGCGACGGUAGAUAUAGUGUAGCGCUACCCUUUAAAGGAGAUGUUUUAUCUCUCGGCGAUUCGCGUCAAAUGGCGGAAAAACGUUUAUUUUGUAAGUUGUUUUUUUAA